UUUCGGCGUGCACGCGCAUGGCCGCGCGCUGGGCUGGCAGUCGUUGUUUCUUCGGUCUGGUUCCGCGCGGGUUCCCGCUGCUGGCGGCGGUUGUGAUGAGGCGCGGGGUGUCCAGUCUGGUGUCCCUGCCGUUCGAUAACCUGGCCCUGCGCUCGCUGCCCGUGGAGGCCGGGGAGGGCACGGAGGAGGAGGCCCGGCAGUCGCGGUCGGUUCCCGGGGCGUGCUUCUCCCGGGUGCGGCCCAGCCCCGUGUCCAACCCCCGCGUGGUGGCGCUCUCCCGCUCCGCGCUGGCUCUGCUGGGGCUGCCGGAAGGGGAGGAGCCUGGACCGGAAGUGGCCGAGUUCCUGAGCGGGAACCGCGUGUUUCAGGGCGCGGAGCCGGCCGCCCACUGCUACUGCGGACACCAGUUCGGCAGCUUCGCCGGCCAGCUCGGGGACGGGGCCGCCAUGUACCUGGGAGAGGUGCUGAACCCGGCCGGGGAGCGCUGGGAGAUCCAGCUGAAAGGAGCCGGACUCACCCCAUUCUCCAGGCAAGCUGAUGGGAGGAAGGUUCUGAGAUCGAGUAUAAGGGAAUUCCUCUGUAGUGAAGCCGUGCAUCACCUGGGAAUACCGACCACACGAGCCGGAUCCUGUGUGACAUCGGACUCCACUGUCACCAGAGAUAUUUUUUAUGAUGGAAACCCAAAGGAAGAAAACUGCACUAUAGUUUUACGCAUCGCUCCUACAUUUCUUAGAUUUGGCUCUUUUGAAAUAUUCAAGGAAACUGAUGAAUUAACAGGCAGAAGGGGUCCUAGUGUCAACAGAAAUGACAUUCGCAUCCAAAUGAUUGAUUAUGUUAUCAGUACGUUCUAUCCAGACAUUCAGAAUACACAUGCAGAGCACAAGAUUGAACGAAAUGCUGCUUUCUUCAGAGAGAUAACCAGGAGGACUGCCAGGCUUGCUGCAGAGUGGCAGUGUGUUGGAUUUUGCCAUGGCGUGUUAAAUACUGAUAACAUGAGCAUUGUUGGGAUUACUAUUGAUUAUGGCCCAUAUGGAUUCAUAGACAGGUAUGAUCCAGAUCACAUUUGCAAUGGGUCGGAUAACAUGGGUCGUUAUGCCUACAACAAGCAACCAGAAAUCUGUAAGUGGAACUUGGGAAAGCUCGCUGAGUCGCUGGUACCAGAGCUCCCGGUAGAAAUCAGUCAAAGUAUAAUUGAUGAGGAGUAUGAUUCAGAGUUCCAGAGGUGGUACAUGCAGAAGAUGCGAAAGAAGCUUGGCCUGAUUCAAGCAGAGCUCGAGGAGGACAGCAGUCUUAUCUCUGACCUGUUGGAAACCAUGAACAAAACGGGAGCAGAUUUUACAAAUACUUUCCGAGUGCUCAGCAAGUAUGCUGGGAAUUCCGUCAGCGCAGAGGAUUUUCUAGAUAUUCUAACUGAGCAGUGCGCUUCCUUGGACGAGUUAAAGGUUGUGUUCAAACCCAAAAUGGAUCCAAGACAACUGUCAGUGAUGCUGAUGUUGGCGCAGAGUAACCCUCAGUUAUUUGCUUUGAUUGGAACAAAAGCCAACAUAAGUAAGGAGCUUGAUCGUAUCGAACGCUACAAUAAACUGCAAGAGUCCAGUGAAGACCAGCUACUGAGUAAUAACCGUGCACUCUGGGAAGAAUGGCUUCAUAAGUACAGCACUCGGUUGUCAAAAGACCAAGCAACUACUGGGGAUAAUGAUACAUUUGUGGCUGAACGUGUGAAAAUAAUGGACUCUAACAAUCCGGCAUUUGUGCUCAGAAAUUAUAUUGCUCAAAACGCAAUUGAUGCAGCUGAGAAGGGAGAUUUCAGCGAGGUACAGCGGGUAUUGAAAAUGUUGGAAAAUCCAUACGAUGUAGAAGUCUCUUUCCAACAAUCACCUGAUGAGGCAGGCGAUGAAGACCACCAUCCAGUUUCUGGAGCCGCUAGCAGUUCCUGCACUGUGCCCAAGAUCCCUUACACCAGCAAGCCCCCACCCUGGGCGUCUGAACUCUGCGUUACAUGAUCUUCAUAAUUGCUUGCUGUUUGUGCUCCACGGCUAAAAGGCAUGGAAGUCUUUUGGCAAUGGAAAUAUCAGCAAGUCCUUUGCGAGUACUGUGUGGUUGCUAAACAUAUAUUUGGAUGCUUGUAUGAAUAUUUUUGGUGACGGUACAUAGAAAACUUACGUAUACCUGCUGUCAGUUAAUAUGGUCUAUUUACUGUGACCAGAGCUUGUACCCAUACCCAGCGUAGUGUCCAAAUUUCACGUGUUUACGCAUGAAGGAAAAAAUAUAAAUUCAGAAAUCUGAAGUAUUUUGGCCUGAUGGCAGACCACUGGUAUUUGCAGAAACACGCACAAGUAAGCUUUCUGAUUUAAAUGCAUUCAAUGUAGUUUUACAAUGGAAGAUGCUCUCUAGGAUGAGUAAAAUGUCUUAAUAAAAAAUAUUUAAUAGGAAAUAUGGUGGUAAUAUUAAAAACAAUAAAAAAUACUUCAUGGAAUCUGUUGAGUGUGGCCAGUGCUGGCACUUCAUGUGAUUAGAAACAGCUUUUUACAUAAUGCUGUGAAGGCUUCCAUUUUAUAUAUGGGCUGAAGUCCCUGUUACUCACGUGCGCUGAGCGGUAUACAUCCAAGAGGGAAAAACACCCACCCACACUCUCUCUGUCUCAUAUGAUAAAGAGUAAUGUUUGUUUCUUUAUUUUUUACUUGCUGCUAUCUGAUAAGACUAUGGAAUGUUGAGCUAUUUAAAUGUAUAGUUAACA